GAUCCAUGGUUGCGUUUGUAUUUGUCGUCUGAUUAUACUUUUGCUGGCUACUUGUUUGUAUUGUGUAAUUGCCCAUAUGCAAUAGCUGAUUAAAUCUGCGAAUAUAUUGUUUGCUAGAUGUCUGCGUUUUGUAACACACCGGGUUCGGUGUUGACGCCAUCUUGUCAUCUAGUAACAUUUGUUUAAGGCUUGUAUCGCAAUUUAAAGUCUGUUGAUGCGAUUCAUAUUGGUUUUUGAUGCAUUCAAUUUGUUUUUGUGAUUCUUUUGCUGAAUUAUUGUUAUUUUGACCAAUUUGUUUGUUAUCUAAGAUAUCCGUUUUCAAGAUUUGAUUUUCAUAUAAAGUUUUUACUUGUGGUUGAUUAGUUUGUAAUUUUUUAUAUUUAUUUACAGCUAUUUGAAUUUCUUCUGAUUUUAAUUUAAAUUUUUCUAGUUUUUGAUAUAAUUUAUUUAACUUGUGUGUUUUUAAUUUAGCAUGCGUAGGUUUUGGAACAUUACCCAAUGUUUGUAUUUUGUUUAAUAUUUUAUCUUUUUUUUUUGAUUGUUCUAAUCUUACUCUGUUUUGUUGUUUCAGGUCAGCUGGCUUUUUUUGGCAUUGGUACUAACGUUUUAACAUCAGAUGUCCUGUUCUUCGUGACUUGUGGCUUCUCUUCAUUAAUUUCAUUAGUUAGGUUCAUCUUUAGUGUAAGUGACGAUUGUGUUUGUGACACUAUCAUCUUCUUGUGUGCCCGCGGUUGUGGCUGCUGUCGUAUCUUCAAGAAUACUACUACCUAAUAUACCUACUGGCUGGUCGUCAUAUGAUAUUGUUCGCGUAUUGGAAACGCUUGGUUGAGUUCCGACGCGUGUUUCGCCCGCGUUCAUACUCAGAUUAUUUUGCGUGUUAUCUUCCGUGUUUUGCAUCGCCUGCGUUGCUUUAUGCGUCUGAAUUGGCGAUCUUGGCAAAUUUGGCAUAGUAAAGCGUAUAAUAAACGGUUGUUUGGUUUAUGCAAUCGCGAUCCCGGUGUUAUGAGUAUGCGUUACCUACUGCGUUUUGACACUCCCGAAACUUAAUCAAUUGCUUCGUUUUGUUUAACCGAUUAACUCGCAUUUACGUUUACAUUGCACAAUACAGAAAAUGUUAGUAAAUAACUGGCACGUUGCCAUUGGGUGCUAUAACGUAAAAUAUGAUUAUAACGUUCAGAACUUUCGCUUCUCGAGCUUUUUGAACCAUAAAGGGUAAUACUGAAGGAGACGGUCUUCUUCACCGAUUUUGAUGAAAUUAGGCUUAUUCGACGCGUUUUUACAUGAAACUAACAUAUCUGGCAAAAAAAGUGUCGCUCUGCCACGAGAACCGAGAUAUCAAUCAUUAAAGUUAGCGAUUGUACAGGUUAGAAUAUCAGUCAUCUCGGUGUAAUGUAAAGAACUGAGCAUGCGCUAUGAUAGAAAUUUGCACGAAAUUUGAAACGUUUCUUUAUUAAUAAUUACAUCAUUGUAUAUUUUAUUCCUCCCUCCCUGUUAAUUAUAAAAUAUAUUAUACAAAUGUUCAAUAAAAAGUAGACAUUGUGUUGGAUUAAAAAAAUUAUUAG